AUGAGCUGCAGCAGCGUUGCGAGCUCCGAGUUCUCUGAGGAAGAGCUUGAACUUGGCGGGCUGGUCCAAUGCGAAGAUGAAGGAAGUCCCAAGGCAUCAUUCCAAGACGAGAGUUCAACCAGCAGCCCAAGCGAAGCAGAGGAAGGCCAAACCAAGAAGCGCAACCGACCGGUUCGCUCAAAAGCUCGAAGAAUGGCCGCUAAUGUCCGCGAGCGAAAACGCAUUAUGGACUACAACCAGGCGUUCAAUGCCCUCCGUGUUGCCCUGAACCAUGACCUCAGUGGCAAACGGCUGUCCAAGAUUGCCACACUACAGCGAGCCAUCAACCGCAUCUCUGCUCUCUCAGUAUUCCUGAGCUCUCAUCCACCCAGUAAGCCCUGCGCCCACCGUGAGUGCAACAGGUCAUCAGUGGGACCGGCAGCGAUGGGGGCGUCACGGCUUGAGCAGACCAGGUUAACAGUUCCUUGUCCGGAGCAUCAGAGCUACGUCCCCUGGCACGCAUCCAUCUCUCAACAGAUGCAGCCACAGCCAGCGCCUCACAUGCACAGACCUCAUGCCUACAUAGACAACACAGUGCCAUCAUGUCCCCCAUCACCACACUACCCUUGUUAUCCCACCGAGGGACAGUUUUAUGCCUUACACGGACACUGUGGCACCCCCUGUGAUCUUCCACGCAGCCCUCUGAGAUACCCUCAGGUGGAUGAGGGGUUGGGAUACCAGCCGGGGAUGUGGGCCUCCUGCACUCAGGGAUACAUGGACACCUUUGCAGAGCCAUCUGCUACUCUGGGACUUCCAUGGCAGGUGAGCUACCUGCAGGAGCCGGAGAGCAGCUUCCCCCUGUGCUCUGAUAUACUGUAA